AUGGAAUAUUUAGAAGAAACACCUACAGAAGCUGUGGCUAGCACUUCUAAUGUUGUAGAAGGUAAUAUCUUUAUCUUUCAAUUGAGUAUUACUCGGUUUUUGUUAUUUUUUAGAAACGGUAGAAGUUAUUGAAGGUUCUGCAGCUGUUGAAGUAACAGAAAAACGUGUAGAAACGACUGAAGUUAAAAAACCAAGUAGCAACAGGGCUAAUUUGGCGAAAGAAAUGAAACAACAGUCUGGUUUGGCUUUUCUUCUCAAUCAAAUGAGAUCUGGUUCUGAUAAGGACGGGAAUAGCCAGAAAAACAGUUCAGAAGGCACUGUAAGUUUUUUUAUUAGUUUUGUAAUUUUAGGCAUGUAUUAGUAAAUAUUUGGGAAUGGAUAAUAUAAACUUGUUUAUUGUUUUGAAAUUUAUUCUUUAGUUAAACGUUUGACAAAAAACGAUAGGCAAAGAAUAAACACAUUAUUUAGGCUUUAAAACGAUCUACAACAACUGAAACUUUAGUGGAAGCUAAAAAACAAUGUCCGGAGGUACCUAAAACAUCUUAUAAGUGGUUAGAAGAUAACAUUGUUGGAGGUACAUCUAAGUUCGAUGCUAACGAGAGGCUUAGAUGCAUUGUGUCGGAUUGUUUUUCAUCUGGAACGACGCCAAACUUCGAGUUUGCUGAAAACUGUCCAGAAAAUAAUUAUGUUCGAUCUGCCAAGUUCUCUCCAGAUGGGCAAUAUUUGAUUUCUGAUUCUGAAGAUCGACGAGUACGGAUUUUUGAGAUGGACGAGGAUGAUAAGGUAAUUUUUGAUUUGAUAAAGCUUUUUGUUGCUAAAAAUUGUGUGAUUCAACGUUUUUUUACAGUUUUUAGACAAAAUUAAGCUUUUGAUAAACUUAAUCACCUAAAAUAUUUUUUAGUCAGUUCUCAAACAUACCAAAAGAUCUGGGGGAUUAGUGUACUAUACACAAUGGUGUAGGAAUAGUACGUUCUUUGGGACAUCGAGUACAGGGUCCCCAAUUCAUCUAUGGGAUCCAGCGUCUGGAAACAAGGUGGCAACUUUCAGGGGGAUGAAUCAUUUGGUAAGUGUUACUGUUACUUAUGAUUUUAUAUCUUUAGGAUGUUCUGGAACAUGCAUUUGCUUUUGAUUUUAAUCACGAUGGUUUGAAGUGUUAUGCUUCUUAUUCUGGAUGUAUAAGAAGGUUUGAUUUCAUGCGACCAGGCAAGCAGAUCAGUCAAUUGAAAACUUAUAGUAAGUUUUGUGAGAGUAGCUGUUGAAACAUCAUAACAAGUGACAUAAUUUUUUAUUUUAAGCUUACGUACUAUUAAAUAUCAAAUUUUUAAAAAGUUUCUAGUAAAAUACGUCUAAUGUUCUGUCUACCUGUAAAUUUAGAAAAACGAGAAGGUGGCCAGUCCUCAAUGCUGCCUUCCUUAACAUGCUCUCCUGCUAUGGAUGGUGUUUUUGCUGUUGGAAGUAUUCAAAAUUCUGUCGGAAUUUACGCAGAUCAAACUAAUACUUGUACAACUUUGAUUCAGACAGAAGCAGCUGCUAUUGGAAUGUUAAGGUACUCUAAUGAUGGUCAAAGGUUGUUUGUCGGAGGCAAUGCGGUAAGGAAAUAUAUUUUUAUAUAAGUGUAUAUGCUUUAAAUAUUUAAAACGUAUCUUCAAUAUGGUAAAAAACGUAUUUUUAAUGUUUUUUUUUCAAUUUACUUUACCCGUUUUAGAGUGAAGAUAUUGAAUGCUACGAUAUCCGCUUCCCAAACCAAGUCUGGGCCAAAUAUUCUCGGCCAGCCUUAACAAAUCAACGUAUUCAUUUUGACAUAGACGCAGACGAAAAGUUCCUAAUCUCCGGCUCUACUGAUGGGAAUAUUAACGUAUUUGAUUUGAAAUCACCACCCAGUAACUCACUAUACAACAACUCAAUCGAACCCAGCAUUAUCAUACAAAACGCAAGUCGAACUACUGUUGCUGGUUUGAGUUUGCACCCUACGAAGCCUUUGCUGGCCACUUCUCAUGGUCAAAGGGUAUACCCAUCACCUAAAAUUGAUGGUGAAGAUUGGUUUGAAGCUGAGAAUGCUCAUGAUGAGUAUCUGAUGUUGAAAGUGCCGUUGGAUAACUCGAUCAAGCUUUGGAAUAUUUGA